AUAUUUAUUUAUAUUAGUAAACUAUCAAAUGAAUCAAACUGCUCCGACGAUGGACGAUGUACGAGUGAAUAUGAAAUUAACGCUCAGCAUGAUUCGAUUCAAAAGCACUAUCAAACUUUAAAAAGGCGACGUCGACUAACGGACAUCGACUUCGAAGGAAUAUUGAAUUUGAUUGGUGGUUGUAAUAUGUGGCAGAUAGCAAUUUAUUUGAUGAUAUCCACUCAACAAAUUCCUCAUGCAAUGUUUAAUUUAAGCGUAGUUUACAUGAUGUAUCAGCCAGAUCACUGGUGCAAGGUCGUAUAUUUAAUUAACUGUUUUAAAUCAAUGUUGACCAAUGUUGACGUUUCUAAUCGACAACGAGGAGGCAAGCGUUGGCAUGAUCAAUGCCAUUACUAUGAUCGAGGGGAACGAUUCACGCAUUAUAUUUCCAUGAAUUUAUCUAGCGCUAUAAAAGCAGCAAAAAAUGAUCAAGCAGAGCUAAAGCGUUGUACACAUUGGGAAUACGAUCGAUCGGUAAUGAAGGAAACAGUGGUAACCAAAUGGCAUCGUGUUUGCGAUGAUAAUUGGAGCCGAGCUCAUGUACAUGCAUCAUAUUCCAUUGGCUAUUUAGUAGGAUGUAUGCUAGGUGGUUACGUAUCUGAUAGAUAUGGUCGAAAAACAGCAAUUUAUUCGUUUGGAAUAUUAUCGUCGAUUUUUGGCUUCCUUCUUGCAUUCACCAAUGAAUUCGAAAUAUUUCUUGCCGUUCGAUUUCUAGGUGCAGUUUGCAAUGAAGCGGCAGAUUUAGCUGCUUACGUUAUGUGCAUGGAAAUUACAGGAGUUAAAUAUAGAUCGAUAACUGGCAGUUUAUUACAAGCUCCAUGGGCAUGUGGAUAUGCAUUCCUCGCUUUGGUUGCUUAUCUAAGUAAAUCCUGGUACACCAUUCAGAUAACCACGUCUUUUUUGCAUUCUGGUGCAAUGGUGCUACUUUAUUUUUUGCCAGAAUCACCACGAUGGCUUAUUGUAAUGAAUCGUGUAAAAGAAGCUGAAAGGAUCAUUCGACGUGCUUGUCAUUAUAAUAAAACGUCCUUGCCUUCUGAUCUUGGCUUAGUACGUCACGCCGAAAAAAGGAAAUGGUUGAAGCGAAAUGAACGGCCACAUUUUUUUCACAUUUUUAUUGCAAAAGAUCUGAGGAUUCGAUCCGUCCUUGUCUUUAUUAUAUGGAUUGCUACUGCGCUCGUAUAUUAUGGCUUAAUUAUCGCUUUAUCCGAUCAGUCAUCACCAGGUCGAUCAAUGUUUGUCGGGAAUUUUUUCUUAAACAAUGCAAUUGCUGGAGCUAUUGAACUUCCAACGUUAAUGUGUUGCGUAUAUCUCUUACGUUUUGGUCGAAAACGCUCACAAAUGAUAACACUAAUUGGUGGUGGUACUCUUAUUGGUAUUGCGAUUAUCGUUACUACGGAACAUCAUACUACGUUAGCAUUGGUAUUUAUGUUGGCUAGCAAAGUUUGUAUUCAAUGCGCUUUUAAUAUAUUAUAUAUUUUCACAUCGGAAAUGUACCCGACGAUUAUUCGCAACAGUGCUGUUGGAAUAUGUUCGAUGGUUUCACGAAUGGGUUCGGGUGCGUCAGGUUACAUUGCAAUACUAUCUGAUGUUACACUACCAAUAGUUCCAAUGCUAAUAUUUUCAGUAUUUUCUCUGGUAGCUGGUUCAUUGGUACUAUUUCUGCCAGAAACUCAAGGCCUUCCUUUACCUGAUACAAUAUGGGAUGCUGUUACUAUGUUGAAAACUGAUCCGCGAUAUCAAUGCGUUAAUUUCAUGGAAAACGCUAAGAAAAAAGAAAAAACGAAUUGCAAAGGUGCAAAAAGUGGGAAAUAA